AUGACCCUGCCUCUCCGCCGUGCAGGAAUGGCCACCACUGGGAACCUUUCUGAAGAGCAGGUGCACUGCUCCAUCUGUCUGGACGUCUUCACCAACCCGGUGUCCAUCCCUUGUGGACACAACUUCUGCCAGGGCUGCAUCCUGGGAUACUGGAAAACCAGCCCUUUGUACCAGUGUCCUAUGUGUAAGAAGUCUUUCUACAAAAGGCCCGAUAUCAGCAUCAACACGGUCCUGAGGGAGAUCGCAGAGCAGUUCAAGGAGAUCAGGGUGAGGAGCGUGGAGGGGAAGUUGAACGAAGAGGAGGAGGAGGAGGAAGGGAAAGGAAAGAAGUGGACGAUGGAAAGGAGGAAAAAGGAGGACGAGGAGAGGCUUUUGGAGAAAGACCAGAAACAGGAGCUGCUGGAGGAGCUGAAGCAGAAGCAAGAGGAGGAGAGGAAGAAGAAGGAGAAAAGCGAGGAGUUACCACCGCUGAUCCCUCCUUUGGCCGCGCCUGAAACCUCUCCCCCAUCCUCGCCACAAGCUACAGCUCGAAAGCCGCCGCCUCCUCCGCAGCCUCAGACCUCACCCCCUCCUUCACCUCUAAUCUCUGCUCCUCCAGCUCGUCCAGCUCCUCCAUCCUUACCUCCACCUCCUCCCUCUCUAACCCUACCUUCUUCCUGGGAGGAGGUCCUGUGUGACGUUUGCCUUGGGGAUGGCAGGCCCAAAGCCAUCAAAUCCUGCCUGGUGUGUCUGACCUCCUACUGCGAGGAGCACCUGAAAUCUCACUCCGCCAGAUUCACCAAGCACAAGUUGAUGGAGCCGGUUGCGAACAUGGAAGACAGGAUGUGUCCGAAGCACGAAAGGCUCCUGGAGCUGUUCUGCAAGAAGGAUCAGAUGUGUGUGUGCGUGCUCUGUACUGAGACGGACCACAGGGCUCACUACACGGUACCUGUGGAGAGGGAGUGGACGGACAAAAAGGUACGAUGGUUCGAAUACCUCUCAGUUUACCAGAGCUGUUAUACCAGGGGGUGGGCAAUCAUGUGCCAUGGAGGGCCAAGAGGCUGCAGGUUUUCUUUCCAACCCAAAACUCCACCAGGUGAUUUGGGUUGGAAAGAAAACCUGUAACCUCUCGGCCCUCCAUGGCACAUGAUUGCCCACCCCUGAGUUACACAGUUGUGUUCAAAAUAAUAGCAGUCCCACAUCACUAGUUGAGGGCAAAGUUGAAAUCGUCCAAAUGUCCCCCUCUCUUUGUCCCACACUGCAGAACGUGGAUGUCGGGUUUUCGACUGUAAAAAUUCCGCUCACGGCAUGUCCAGUUAUAAACAUGGACACAGAUUCACACCCGUGCAUACACGCAGGAGCGCACAAACUUUUCCUUACACACAUAUCCCACUCAAUAUUUAGUGUCAUGUAAAGUUUCAUUCAAUUCUGAUGAUGUUUAGUGAAUGAAAUAGCAUUUCAAACACCCUCAGUCCAUGGAUGGAGACUUGCUUGCGCGGCACCAAAGGGGUUAAAAUGAUGAGCCGGCUCAAUCUGUUGUAUCACUGUCGGAAACUAAAAUUUAGAGUCCUGGUGAUCGAGUGACUGCAAAAUGAAGGUUGUAAUAUGUUGUUAUGGUGCCAUAAACACACGGUCAAAAAGCGCGUUUUUAAUGGAAGUCUAUCGUCCGAUUUCCGGACAAAGGAGGGUGGAUGGAGCUAAAGUGCGGAAAACAGAAUUGACUUGUCGUGUUGUCUUGCAGGCCCAGCUCAAGAGGACAGAAAUAGACGUCCAGCAGAUGAUCCAGGACAGAGUGAAAAAAGUGGAGGACAUCAAACAGGCUGUCGAGCUAAACAAGGUCAGUUUUAGCUUCGGUUUUAAGGUCACAGAGUUGAAAAUUUCACCAUCAUGAACGGUUUAUUUUCAUCUGCGUUGUAGGCCAGCGCUCAGAGAGAGAUCCAGGAAAGCGUGCAGGUCUUCUCAGAGCUGGUGCGCUCCAUCCAGAAGACUCAGGCCGAGCUGGUCGUGUCCAUCGAGGAGAAGCAGAGACAGGCGGAGAGGCGGGCUGGAGGCCUCAUCGCCGAGCUGGAGCAGGAGAUCACAGAGCUGAAGAGGAGAUAUACAGAGCUAGAAAACGUGGCUCGAGCUGACCACAUCCACUUCUUAAAGGUCAGUAAAGUUUGACUCUGUUUAACUUCACAGCAUUUGCUUUUAUUUUUUUGUUUUUACAAAGAGGGAAGUGCUUUUGUUUUGUUUCCCUUAUCACACAUACAGGUAUCAUGUUUCUUUCACUUUCACUCUGCUGUUACAACACCGCCCUCUUCCUGUCUUUUAAUGUACUGCAACACAAAUUCAUCAAAUCUAAAAUCAUCAUUGCGACAUUAUUUAACAGUCCUGAUCUUCACCAAAGCAGUAUUUUAAACAUCACAUAUGCAGUUCUGUGUUUUUUAGGAGUCAUUUUCUUUUGUUUUGUAUCCUAAUGUAGAAUUUCCCAGCUCUGAGCACUACUCCUGCUGUCAAAGACUGGUCUGAAACCAGUGUUCCCACUGACACAUGUGUAGGAAUGAUCCGCAGAUCUGUGUCCAAACUGGAGGCAACCAUACAUGAAAUGAUCUACAAACUGGCGGACAGUGGUAGGACUUCUUCUUGUGUUUUACAUCACAACAAAUACAUGAUCAUACAGUGAGAGAGUGACUGAAGCAGACUCGGUACUGUGUUCAAGUUGAUCUUUUCUUUUUUUUCAACAGAGAUCAAGAAAAUUCUCAAAUAUACAGGUAAAGAUUUAUUUUGUUUUGGUUGUUACAUAAAACUGAUCCAGAUUUGGAAAUCACUUCAUUUUCUAUCCAGAAUCAAGUUAAUAAUCUCUGGAGCAAGUUAUACAGAAUUUUUUUAAAGCUGCCAUGAGGAACUUUUGGUUUCUGCUAAUUUUAGUUGAUCAAAUCUUACACAAUUAUUCUAAUAACAAUUAGUCAAAGAUAAUCAUGUCUAAUUUAGUCUACCUUGAUCUUGUCUUAUAAAUAAAGUAACCUAAUCUUGAUGUAAUUUGAAAUAUUUUAAUCUAAUCUACUCUACCUAAUCCACUUUCAAUCUAAUCCAAUCCAAUCUAAUCUAAUCUAAUCUAAAUUAAUCUAAUUUCAAUCUAAUCUGAUGUAAUGUAAUCUAAUCUAAUUCAAUCUAAUCUAAUCCACUUUCAAUCUAAUCUAAUCUAAUUAAUCCAAUCUAAUCUAAUCCGAGCUAAUCUAUUCUAAUUUAAUCUAAUCAAUAUUCAAUUUUAUCUAAUCUGAAUAUAUCCAAUCCCCUUUCAAUCUUAUCUAAUUCAAUCUAAUAUAAUCUAAUAUAUUAUAAUCUAAAUUUAUUUUAUCUAAUCCAAUCUACUUCCAAUGUAAUCUAAUGUAAUCUAAUGUAAUCUAAUUUAAUCUGAUCUAAUCUCAUCAAAUCCACUUUAAAUCUAAUCUAAUCUAAUCCAUUUUUAAUCAUCUAAUCUAGUUUUAUCCAAUCUAAUUUAAUCAGAUCUCAUUUAAUCUAAUCUGAUCUAAUCUAAUCCACUUUUAAUCCUAUAUAAUCUAGUCUUAUCCAGUUUAAUGUAAUCUGAUUUAAUCUAAUCUGAUCUAAUCUAAUCUAAUAUAACCCACUUUUAAUUUAAUCUAAUGUCAUUUAAUCUUAUCUAAUCUAGUUUUAUCAAGUUUUAUCUAGUCUAAUCUAAUCUAGUCUAGUCUAAUCUAGUUUAGUCUAAUCUAGUCUUUUCUAAUCUAAUCUAAUCUAAUCUAAUCUAGUUUAAUCUAAUCUAAUCUAGUCUAACCUAGUCCAGUCUAAUCCAAUCUAAUCUAAUCUAGUAUAAUCUAACCUAGUCCAAUCUAAUCUAAUCUAAUCUGAUCUAAUCUAAUCUAAUCUAACCUAACCUUAAUUUAUCCAGUCUAAUGUAAUCUAAUCUAGUCUAAUCCAGUCUAAUCCAGUCUAAUCUAGUCUAGUUUAGUCUAGUCGAUGGUUUUUAAUUAGACCUUUUUUAAAUAUAUCUGGUCCUUGUCAAUACUCGUAACAGUCAGUUUUACCAUCAUGUUUUCUCUUUCUGCAGUGGACGUCACUUUGGACCCGGACUCAGCCAAUCCCUGGUUACAGCUCUCUCAGGACAGGCAUCAGGUCAGACACCUGGGCGCUUGGCAGGACCUCCCAGACCACCCUGAGCGCUUCGACACCGUGGUCAUCGUCCUGGGCCGCGAGGGCUUCGUCUCAGGGAGGCACUACUGGGAGGUCCAGGUUGGGGACAAGGACGACUGGUACCUGGGUGUAGCCCGGUCCACGGUCAACAGGAAGGGCAGGAUCUCUGUGAGUACCACACAGGGUUACUGGGCGCUGGCCAUGAAGAAAGGUCAGGGGUACCGGGUAUCGACAUCCCCGCCAAUGCUGCUACCCCUCAACCCCAAACCAAAGCGAGUGGGCGUGUUUGUGGACUACGAGGAGGGACAAGUGUCUUUCUACGAUGUGAGGGCUCGGACCCAUAUCUACACAUUCAAAGAUACAUUCAGAGAGAAGAUUUUACCCUUUUUCUACCUGUACUGCUGCGACAAAGCCUCUGAUACCAUGGUGAUUUGUCCUGUGAAUGAGAAAAGCCUGAUCAAGCAGAGCUAG